AUCAUCACCCGGCUCAUGGCUCAUCCCUCUUGGGGGUCAUCGAAGGUCAACGUUUGCCUUUUCCAGCCACCACCAUCAGCUUUUCCCUGUUAAAGAUGCCACCCAGGGAGGCAAUAACUCCAUCGAAGGCCCCCCAGUGUUUCCCCACACCAUCCCUGGUUGCGUUUUGGGGUGCAGUUUGGUAACAGGGCGCCGGAGCCGAGCGUGCCAGGGUCUAUUAUUAGCUCUGUAUUGGGUUCCUUGAUGGAUGGAGGUAUUAGCUGGGUUAUGCACCUAUUGAUUUCUCAUGGUUUUUUUUUUUGUUGUUUUUUUUUUUUUUUUUUCCCUUUGUUUCGUGUGUGAGAGCGGCUCAAGGAGGAAAUCCAAUGCGCUCCCGCUUUUUGGCUCCGUACGGGAACUUUCCAAGAGCUGAAAAUCAAUUUGUGUCAGGCCGGAUCCUGCAAAUCACUGCAGAGGAGCGAGGAGGGGCUGCCGGCGUCUCCGCGUGGCCAUGCAGCGCUGCCUGGCCCGGCCGGCCGCCCCGGGGCCGGCGUGACCGCGACGUCCUGCCUGUCCUUUUCUGGGUCCAACGCCUCCGUCACUGAACAGUUUGAUGGAGAAUCGGUCGGAUGACAGCGGGAACUGUUGUUAUCACCGGGGGAAUCCUAGCGACAGUGAUCCUACUGUGCAUCAUCGCCGUGCUCUGCUACUGUAGGCUACAGUACUAUUGCUGCAAGAAAGAUGACUCCGAUGAAGAGGAAGAGGAGGAGGAGGAGGAGGAGGAGGAGGAAGAGGAAGAGCCUGACUUGCCCCCGCACUCGCACCUCGGCACGUGCAACGCCUGCAAGUCCCGCGUGGUGGAUGGCCGGGGCAGCCCCGCGCCCGACCCCAGCGAGCUCAACCAGCACGGGGCUCACAACUACUGCCCGACCUGCUCGCCCUACAGCUCCCCCUUUUACAUCCGGACUGCCGACAUGGUGCGCAACGGGGGCGAGAGGGUCGCCUUCGCCCCCGCGUGCUACAAGGAGAUGGGGCCGCCCCUCAACAUGGCCACCCUGCAAAGCUACCCGGUGAGCCGCCACGGCCUCCUCCGCGAGAGCUUCCCGAACCCGCGGGCUGUCAGCACGGAGGUGUAGACACCAUCGUCCCUCGCACGGGGGUGCCCCCGGCCGGCGCCGGCUCGAGGGAAGGGGCUUUUCGCUUGUCUUUGGGGAGCUGGGGGCGGGGUGGGUGGUGGUGGGGUGUUUCCCUGCAGAGAGGACCCCAUAAGCCCAGCCCAAGACCAGCACGGUCCUCCUGCCAAACCGCCCGGCGCGGCUCAGCUUUACGGGCGAGAAGACGAGAGAGACCUCGGAGGGCCACCUCCGGACCCAUCGUGUCAUUAUUAUUCUACUCUGUCUCCUGAAGGGACUUGUCUAACGAGGGCUAUGUACAGUACAACCUAAUUUAAUUACCCCCCAACCCCCUGAGCGAGGCCUUCGGUGUCCCCGCGCAGACUCCUGAGGGGACGCCCGGAGCGACCCGGUAAAUCCCACCGCCGGGCUGGGAACGGCAGCGCUCCUCGGCGAUGGGGAAGGGAAGGUCUGGAUCAUCCUGCUCCCCUCGUCGCCGCUAGCGGUUAGCUUUUAUGUUUGAGUGUAAGACAGGACACCGUCUCCCACCCGCUUCGGUCUUUGCACGUGCUGAAGAAGUUCAAGACAUGAAUUUAGAUCACUGCCGGGGGAGGCACAAGUUGCUCGCAAAAACCGCUCACCUACGCAAACAGGCACAGGCGGAGCCUUCUGCAGCCGAAGCCCCCACAUCUUCUACUCUUCACAAGCUUUCUUAGUGAUUUUAACUCGGACCCGUUAAAAUGGUGAGAUUUUAUUUACAAGAGUCACAUCCCUUAAAUAACUGCAGUUUUGGUCACCCUCAGCGCUCGAAGCCCUCCUCACCCUGACGGCUCCGGACAGCCAGAGGCAGGUUGGCUUUAGGACGGCUUUUGCCUUUGACAGCAACAGCAGAGCUCACCAGGUCAUGUCUCCUCCUUUGCGGGGCCCACGACGUCCCACGGGACAGCGAGGCUCUGGUGGUGUCGGGGCCCCCCCUUCUUUUGCUGUUGGAAGAAGAAGGUGCAAGCACCCAAACCUGGGUUCACCGGCUCUGUGGCUCGGUAAUGACAGUCAGCGACUCUGCCUUUCUGCAAGAAUGAAUGUGGGAAAGUUCCUUCUUCCUUGAUAAAUCAAAUUAGGUGAAAAAUGCCUAAAAGGAUGUCUCCAUCGCUCACCGGCGCUUCCAGAGCAGCCGGUGCAGGGCUGCUCGGCUGAGCGGUUCCCAUCCCUGGCCGGGGGGAGGGACCCGGGCAGCAACGAUCCCCACAGCCGUGCGGAUGCUGCGGGAGGCAACGGCAGGAAACGCUUGCCGUGCCUUUGCAAUAUAGGGUAGGGCUGCUCAGAAAUGGGAGCGGUAGGGUGUUUUGUUUUGUUGGUUUGUUUUUUUUUUUUUUUUUGUUUUGUUUUGUUUUGUUUUUCACCACCGCAAUUUAGAAAUCAUCCUGCUCGCUCACAGAAGGGUUUGGACUUAACCUCCCCGUUCACGCGUGGAAAAAGCAGGUCUCGGCACGGAGGCGCGCGCGCACGCUACGUGAGCCUCAGCUGUCUACGUUAUCAGGCGAGAGGCUGGUUUACACUUUGGACCUGCUCAUGCCUUGGCACCUCUGCUCAAAGUACCCGAAGGAGAGGAGCCGGACGAACGCCAAAUGUGGUGACUCCUGGUAACCCAACACCCUGUCCCAGCCUGCAUUUUACACAGCCUUUUGAGCAAACGUUAUGCACCGUCUCCCCCACCCCUGGCCCAGAAAGACACUGCAUUUCCAUUAUCCUGAGACUCAGUCAAGCUGCAUCUCUUUUAGAGAGCCUCCUUCCACUCUCCGAAUAGAGAUAGCAGGUUUUAAAUGUCCUCUCACAUUGAGGGCAGGCGGGAGGGAAGAUGAGUUAGCAAGCAGCAAAGCUCUCUGGAUCCCACUGGACGACAGAGCUAUGGACUGCUGCUUUCCAUCCAGCCAGUAGUCUUCCCUGAAAAUACAGGCUGUGACGGGGAGAAAAACCUUGGCUAGCUCAGUAAAUUCCAUCCAUUCCCCCUGGAGCAUCUGCUCAGCCAGCUCCCUGUCCUGCUGGGAGCCAGAAGUGUAUCGGUCCCGGUGCGCUCUGGCAGAGGGCCCUGCGCUGCCGUCCCUCGAAGGGCGCAGAGCCAGCUCGCCGGCACGGCGGCUCCCGGCACCCAGCGCCGCCUCUCGGCACACACCAAGGCUUCCCCUUCCCCUUCCCCUUCCCCUUCCCACCGGCCGGGCCGCCAGCUCCGGAGGGUGGGAAUGGCACCGGGGGGGGGGGGGGGGGGGGGGGGGCUUUGAAUUUUGGGGGUCACCCUUCUGGUGAAAGGCAGGCAACCGCAUCGUCACCUUCGUCACGAGCAAACGGAGCGUGAGCUGUCGCCCGCUAACGAAGGGCAAGGGCUGGAGAGGCAGUUCCAGAGCACUUGGAUGGCCAGGACAAGGGUUAUCCUCACGGCCAACACAACGCCCUGGGUCUGGCCCAGCUUGAGUCUGAAAGGGCUGGAAACACAGGAGACGCAACUGCAGGUUAGAAGGUUUUGGGGAUGGUGGAGGAACAGGACGGGAUAGGGGCAGGGAUCCCAGAUUUUUUUCCACUUCAGAUUCCUCCUGUUAUUAUUCUCUGUCUUUGUUGCUCAGCUAUGGGUCCAAAUUCAAUGUCAGAAAUAAACGAGGACUUUGAAAUACAAAA